AGAUGGCUCUUUAUGCGCCGAGAAGCAGGCUCAUCGCUCUUUAGGGGAUGUCGCCUCGGUUGGUGUGCCUCUCGAUGAUGGCAACCGUGCAUCAAACUUGGCCAUCACUGACCCCACAAGCCGAAGAACCCUCCAGACGGACAAUUCUCAAUCCGGCCAGUCCUUGGCGCAACCCAGCACUUCUGGGGGAGCAGUCGUUCCAGCCACUUGUGAGGAGUCCAUAUUCGUCUCGGAGUUCUCGGAAGACCAGAGCAGUCGGCAACCGAAUGUGCGUCCCAGACAUACCGUCUGUCCUGAAGCCUCUGUUGACGAGUUAUCAGUGGGCUCCGGAACCGUUUCUGCGCCCGGGGUCAGUCUGGCGACGGAGGAAAAGACCAACCUGGAAGAGACUGACUACUCGGAGCUUGUCGUUGCUAACGGAGACGUCUCUCGGGCUGUAUCGGCCAAAUCACCUCAGGGUCAGUUGUGGUAUCAUUUGGAAGCUACAGAUGCGUGUAAACUUCCACUUUAAAUAA